AUGACGACGCUCUGCAAUAUACUGUACGACAUUCUCGCGUACCAGUUUGUCGAUUUAAACUGUGCUAGAGAGAAUGCAGCUAGAGACGAUUGCUACACCUGGAAGGAUAUGACAAAGGAGUAUUCGACGGGAGAUAUCAACACCACCCUCUCUAGCCAGAUCAAUGUCAACAUUACCUCCCGUGGCGUAAUUAACUCGGGACAGCAUGGGGAUAGAUGGAUAAUCUUUCAAUGGAUACGUGUAAGAGGACUUGCCGCAGUUGAAGAUUAUGCCGCUGAAAUGAACGCAGAUGACGCCCUUGUGAGCUACUAUUCGUUCAAUCACGACAAGAACUGGUAUGGGGGAUAUACUUGA